AAUAUGGCCAGCACCUUCUCCACCCACAGCAGUGUUGCAUCCAGAUCAGUAAUCGGAGGAUCUUCACGGAUGUCUAUUGGUGGUGGAGGCCGGAUUAGUGCUAUGCGGGCGGGAAGUGUCUAUGGUGGAGCAGGAGGGUCUGGUGUUCGCAUCUCCCAAGCUUCUCGUUCCUUGUCCUUUGGUGGAGCUGGAGGCAGUGUUGGUGGGGGCUUCAGCUCUGGUGCAGGAUUCGGAGGUGGUGCUGGGGAAGUGGAUAGUAGCAUCAUCGGAAAUGAAAAGUUCACCAUGCAGAACCUUAACGACCGUCUGGCCACCUAUCUGGAGAAGGUGCGAUCGCUGGAGAAGGCCAAUGCAGAGCUUGAACUCAAGAUCCAUCAGUUCCUGGACAGCAAGACCUCACCUACCUCACGGGACCACACUGGUUCCUUGGCUAGCAUCACUCAGCUUCAGGUCAAGAUUCUUGAUGCCUUUCAGUUGAAUGGUACGGUUCACCUCAGCAUUGACAAUGCCAGCCUGGCUGCAGAUGACUUCAGGAUGAAGUUUGAGAAUGAGUUGGCCUUGCGUCAAUAUGUUGAGGCCGAUAUUGCUGGACUGAAGAGGCUGCUGGAUGAUCUGAACCUGACCAAAAAAGAUCUCACGCUGCAGAUCGAGGCCCUGAACGAGGAGCUGGUUUUCCUCAAGAAGAACCACGAGGAGGAAUUGCUAUCCACACGCAGCCAGAUGAGUGGACAGAUUCAUGUUGAGGUCGAUGCUGCACCACAGCAAGAUCUCACCAAGGUCAUGGAAGAAAUCCGCGAGCACUAUGAAGCUGUUGCUGCCAAGAGCCAGAGAGAGCUGGAGGGCUGGUUCCAGACAAAGUCUGAGACCCUGAAACAGGAAGUGGCUGGCAGCACUGAGACUCUGGCCAUCUCCAAAACAGAAGUGAACUCUGUGAAGAGCACAUUGCAGUCUUUGGAAAUUGAGCUCCAGUCUCUGUUGGCCAUGAAAGCCUCAUUGGAGGGAACCCUGUCAGAAAUCCAGUCCCGUUAUUCCAUACAACUAUCAGGAUACCAAGUGCAGGUUACAAGUAUGGAGGAGCAGCUGGUGCAGCUUCGUGCUGAUCUGGAGCAUCAGUCUCAGGAGUAUCAGAUGCUGCUGGACAUCAAGACCAGACUGGAGAUGGAGAUUGCUGAGUACAGGAGACUCCUGGAUGCUGAGGGUAGUGGCAGUGCCUCGAUUUCCUCCUCCAAGACCUCCACCACCAAGACUGCAAUCAUCACUGUGGUGGAGGAGGUGGUCGAUGGGAAGGUCGUCUCCACCUCCUCUACAUCUAUCACCAAAUAAUCACCAUGAAACUGGAAGUCAAAAAAAUAAAAACAUUUCUAAUCAGAA